AUGUCAAUAACGAAAGGAUUACGUUUAAUAAGGAUGUUUAUGGGAACUAUUACAUUUCGCACGGUCUAUAUGGAAGAAGAACCAUAUACAAAGUCGCCGACAUCGACGCGUUUUGUAAGAAGCCCGCAACAGCUUAUAUCAUCCACCGCACAUCGAUCCAAAACUGUUUCCGAGUUUUGGAUCUUAAAUAUAAACGCGAAGAA